AUGUCCGCCUCUCCAUCCAACUUGCAAUCGACCAAGCGUCCUCUUGAGGACCCUUCCUCCCCCUCGGGCCCCAACGACCAGCCGGAGGCUAAGCGCCCCGCACUCGACAAAGUAGCACGCAGUGACGCCGAGGCCGAGGCCGAGACCGACGUGUCGAGCAACCAGAUCCCAUCCGUUGAGGACUCUAAGGAUACCCAGGGUGACACCGUUGUUCCCGAUGCCCCCAAUGGAAAGAGUCACCCAGAGACUCAGCCGAUCCAGUCGACCGCUUCGCACGGCGAGCGGGCUGGUUCCCAGUCCGACACUCACCCCCCACAGGACGAGUCGAGCUGGAUCCACAUCCGUGCCGUGAUCUCCAGCCCCGAGGCUGCCACUGUCAUUGGAAAGGGAGGUGAGAACGUGUCCCAGAUUCGUCGUAUGUCCGGUGCCAAGUGCACUGUCAGCGACUACUCCCGGGGCGCUGUCGAGCGGAUCUUGACCGUGAGCGGCGCCCAGGACGCGGUGGCCAAGGCCUUCGGUCUUAUCAUUCGUACCCUGAACAAUGAACCCAUCGAUGCCCCUUCCACUGCCCAGUCCAAGACGUACCCUCUGCGUUUGCUAAUCCCCCACAUUCUCAUUGGCUCCAUCAUCGGCAAGGGCGGUAGUCGUAUUCGCGAGAUCCAGGAAGCCUCCGGUGCACGCCUGAACGCUUCCGAUACCUGCCUUCCUCUCUCGACCGAGCGCUCCCUGGUUAUCCUUGGUGUCGCUGAUGCCGUGCACAUUGCGACCUACUAUGUUGCCGUGACCCUGGUGGAGCAGCUGACUGAGCGAUUCGGCGGCCCUGCAGCCUCGGCCUAUGCCACUCGCAGCGGUGGGCCCGCUGGCGCCGUCCCUGGUGGCAUGCAGGUAGUGCCAUACGUGCCCCAGCCCGCCGGUGGCCAGUACGGCCACCCAGACACCUUCAAGCGCAACCACCCCCACCCCAACCGUGGCCAGCCUGGUGCGUACGGCGUCCCCUACCUACAGGGUCAGGCCCCUGCCCCCGUUGCGCAGCCCGCUAUGCCCUAUGGUGCGGCCCCGCACACUCCCUACGCUGGUGCUGCCCCCCACCAGCCGAACCCCUACGUCGGUGGCCCGCAACCCGCUGCCGGCCGCGGCGGUGCUCCCACUGCCCCAGCCCCCGUUGGCAGUGCUAUGCCCGGCCAGCCACUGACCCAGCAGAUCUACAUCCCCAACGAUAUGGUGGGUGCCAUUAUCGGUAAGGGCGGUGCCAAGAUCAACGAAAUACGCCACCUGAGCGGCAGUGUGAUCAAGAUCAACGAGCCCCAGGAGAACAGCAACGAGCGUCUGGUGACCAUUACCGGUACUCAGGAAUGCAACCAGAUGGCCUUGUACAUGCUUUACUCGCGACUUGAAAGCGAGAAGCACCGCGUCUAA